AUAUAUACAUACAUAGAUAUUAGAUACACAAAGGUAUAUUUGUAUCUGAAAAUUUGAAAACUCAAAAUGGAGAAACUGAAGAAGAAGAUAGCAAAGCUUCUUCCUCAAGCAGUGACUUUCACAAGCCCUCCUCCUAGCCCACGCAAGGCUCCCACUGCUGUACUACUCGUCUCUCUUGUUCCUGCCGAGGCUAGACUUAGGCCCAAUUACGGUACCAGUUUUGACACAAAGGAGCCUUCUUCUCCCAAGGUCUCUUGUUUGGGCCAUGUCACUAAGCCCAAGUCCAAGCCCAAGCCCAAGCCCAAGCACAAGCCCAAACAGCAUAAGGAGAGUUUGAUCAUCAAGAUUUUCAAGGGACACAGAAGAAAAGGAGGUAAGCGUUGUAGUGUUGGUGGUGGUGGUUCUAAGGAUGGCUCUGUUGUGAAGAAGGUUCCUCAAUUGGGCCUUAUGAACAAGUUUGAGAGUGGCCGUGGUGGUAUGUUAUCGGACUUUGAUUGGACGGCCCAUGUAGAUGUUUUGGGCCCAGAUUCUGAAAAAUGCCAUAUUGAGGUUGAGUCAAAGAAAGAAGUCAAUCUUUGGGAAAGAAGGAAUAAGCCAGGUCCUCCUCCUCCUUUGUUUCUUAAAAUGUAAACCUUAUUAUUAAGCUUUCUUUACUGUGUCUUUACUAUUAAAUAGUUAAAUUUGCUAUUUUUUUCUUCUUCUCACCAUUUAAUUCAAGGCAGAAAAGAAAUAAAGCUCAUGAUUUUGUAAAAUUUAAUUUUCAUGAUCUGAAUGUGUUUUUCUUACUUAACUUUAUUAUUGUAUGAGAAGGAAUUGAAUUUUAGCUGAAUUGAAUGGUAGAUUUAUUAUA